UCUACUCAUCUUUCCUUGUGUUUUGGGACUCCGAGGACUCUCCUUUUCACAGGCCACUGCAUCCUCUAAAUGUUUCAAUUUUAAGACUGUCCGACGAACGAGAUGAAUCCAUCAAUAUUGCUCAAAGUAAAAGAAAGAAAUACUUGUCUCUGCGGAAAUUUAUCUUUGCCUUUGAAAAAGCAUCUUUUCAUCAUCCAGACACUGAAACUGUUUGUGCAAUCAUCGGCCAGUCUUAAAAUCUUCGAAUGUUUGUACUUUGUCUCUGCACCACGCUCAUGAAUGUGUUUUUUUUUCUCUUUUCUUUUUCCUGUCCGUCCUCCUUCAGAAGUUGUCGUGGACCCUUCGGGAGAUGCGACGACCACUCUCUUUCCUGAGGCCACCCGUAAUGGCCGUCACCCUAUUGGCAUCCUCACCUCCACUGUAGAUACCUUCAUCAACCAUGGGACCACUACCGAAUAUAUGACCCAACACUUGGGCACGUACAUCAGCGAGCAGUACGCCAAGGUGGAAAGUACCUCUCGCCAAGAGUACUUUCGCAUUCAGCCUACGGCCCCGGUGAAUGAGGUCCAGCCCACGGGUUUGGUUUCAAGUAGCACGAGCUAUGAGGUGCAUGGUAGACAAACGACCGAACACUCCAUUUACCACUAUCGUUCCUACAUCGACGGCCACUAUGCACAACUUGUGUCCUCCAUUUCCAAGGUGUAUUCUGAUCCCCCCUUUAUUUCUGCCACUCCAGUGUACAAUCCCAACGGAAACGUUCAACUUGGAAGUCCUGACAAGCAUGGGGAAUACAAGUUCCCUGGGGAGCAAAUUCGCCCGUCAAAGCCCAGUGAUGAGAACAUCGUCACACGAACCAUUGGUGCCAAGUUGUCCAAGCCUUUGAAAUUGAAUGAUCUCUUGAAGAAGGAGAAGAAGAAUGGAGACUUGGAGUCCGAAUUGGAGCUCACCGAGAAUGCCAUUCGAGCUCGAUCCAUUGACGUGUCCGAAAUUGUCAUCAAACCAGAUCAAGUGGAAAAGAAAGAGAGUCUGCCCACCUUUACCGUCAGUGAGGACGGUGAACUGAAGAUCCCUGAACCUAGCAUCGAAGUUCACACCAUUGAGAAUGAGAUUGAGCCCACAGCCGCCCACCGAUUUGACCACCCCACCAAAGCCACCAAGUCUUCCUUGGACUCUGUUACUUACAUUGGUUUCGUGGACUUCACCACUACGAUUGAUGACACUGUGGUCAUGUUCCGACCAAAGAAGACCUUCAGUACCAAGAAUGGGAAUAAGAUUCUCAUCCCAAAAAUCAACCCUACCCGCUCUAUUUCUUUUGUUCCAUCCUCCUCCUUCGCAAUUCCUACAAUUGAGUCAUCGCACACAGAAUUGCCCGAAACUUACAGAACGACUCCUGUUGAAGCCCCCACGCCCUCGUCAUUAUUGGACGCCAAGGCUACUUCGAGCAGUAUCAAUCCUUUGAAGAGUCUUUUGGAUCGAAAUGCUUCGAAACGGAAAUUGUUCCCCAUCAAUAGAGGAACAGGGAACAGACCUAAGGUCACCCUGAGGCCCAGUGCCCUGCCAGGUCUCUCUGGUUUAUCUGUGAGACCCUCAAAGAGAGUCCCCGGUUCUUUAAUCUCCUCAAGUAAACCCCCUUUGAACGUUGACGAAUUGAGAGGUUCCAUUGACCCGGAAUCCGAUGUGGAGCUUGUGUAUAAGACCCUUUACACCACCUAUACAUAUUUCACAACGUUCUUCCGAGCAUCUACCACUCGAGUCAAGAGCAGAGAGGAGAUCAUUUCUAAUAUUGUUACACUGACCAACAUCCUUGACCCCACCGAUCUAGCAUCUUUGCGAAGUUCUUGCGAGGUGGACUCGACCUGUCAAUUUGCGUCUUCUUCGGAGGUCCCAGCUUAUACCAGCGGGUUCAUUGGUCGCCCUAAUUCAAGAGAAGCUUUUACAGAGCAGUCACAGGCAGAAGGAGCCAUUCGAGAAACUCCUGACACCGAUGAGGAACUUGAUGAAGACAUUAACGGUAUUUUGAGAACCUUCUAUACCACCUACACAUACUUCACUACGCUUUUUGUGGAUGGUACGUCGUCUAUUUCCACUCGAACGGAAAUCUAUUCCAACAUCAAGUCAUCUGGAGUUCCAAUCAGCAUCUUGUCGCCUGAGUCCGUGUCCAUUUUGGCCACCUCCUCUAAGGCAAUUGAAAUCGAAUCCACUUCAUCUCCCGCCAACCCCAGACGUCUUGAAUACUCUUCUAUUCAUAGAGAUGUCGCUCUCAAUAGUGAAUUGACCACCCCCAAGGAUCUUGAAGAUGAACAAGAUCAAGAAGCAGUUGAAAGCACAACUCAAGGUUCUUUCAUUGUGAUUGGAAUUACCACUGAAGCCGAAGUGACCGAAAGCACAUCUGCUAUUGCUCCCUCAUCCCCUCAAGAAGAAGAAGACAACGACGAAGAAGAUGAGCAAUCAUCUUCAAACCCUACAGAAGAUCCUGUCCCAAAUACUACUGCCAGCAGCGGCGAGGAUGGAGAACAAGAUGAAGUCACCACCGAGUCCCAGAGCUCGGAUGAAAAUAUUGAUGUUGUCUCUGCCACACCUGCCAUGAAAACAUUUUACACCACUUUCACAUACUUCACGACUUUGUUCCGAAAUGGAACCAGCUUCGUCACAAGCAACUUGGAAACUGUGACCAACACUGCUGAUGCAACCAUCGCACCGACAGCUGUCCAACCAAGUGUUACAUUUUUUACUACCUUCACUUAUUGGACCACAUCCAUUGACGGAGACAACACAAUGAUCAAGAGCUCAGAGGAGACCAGAACCGAUGUCCUUCCCGCCUCUGUGACGGAUCAGAUUAGCAUUGAACCCUCCGAUAGCCAAAGUAAUAUUAGAUUUUCCCAAAGGCCCGAAAUCGUCGCCGGGAUCUCUCCCUCGGCAGUAGAGGAUCUAUCCAUUCAGGCCACAGCCACGCCUGAUUUGGAAUCUUCUGUGGAAAGUGAAGUCACUACUACUGUUCCAAUUACCACUGACACACCAAUCUUGGAAUCAUCUCAAGGCAGUUUCGAAGACUUGGACGAUGAUUUCACCUUGAGCUCUUCUGUGGAUUCUACCACCAAAGGGCGAACUUUCACUCCGGUUAUCAGACCCAAUUUGUUCCGUGCUCGCACCAGAGGCAAUGGAAGACCCCGAGGAAGUACUACCACAACCGUUGCUAUCAUCACCAGGAGUGACGUAACUCCAACCUUGAUUGCCACCCCCGCCGAGAUCCAAGCCACGCCAACUUUCCCACUUAGCAGUAGCAGAUUCAGGUCAAGCAGUUUUGCUGGGCGAGGUAGUGCUCGAUUUGCCGCCAGCUCAAGAGGAGCCUCACCAAUCAGAUCAAGCGGUGUUUCCUCUGUCAUCAAUCCCACUCCCACGGAAAUUGAGGAUCCAGCCAAGCCCACCAUCAUUUCCAACUUGAGACUGAGGCGACCCAGUCCCUUCAGACAACGACUGAAGGAAAGACAGAGACUCCAAUUGAAGAAGUUACGAGAAGAAUCCAACGAUGAUAAUGCAGAGCCAAUUGCUGAAUCUGUCAAAGCCCAGGAAGAAGAGAAAGCAAGCUCUCCGAGUGUCCCUGUUCCUCGUUUCCCUUCAGGCCUCCCUGGAAGAACCCCCAUCUUCAUUUCGUCUCGAACAGAGAAAUUUGCAAGGAAGCCCAAGGUUGUCGCUGAUAUCCAGGAACAAGAAGUAGGAGAACAAAAUGAAGCACCCAAAGAGGAAGAAGACGAAGAGACAGAAGUCAACGGGAACUUAAGGUCUUCACCAUUUGGGUCAAAUGACCGACUCCGAGUGCAAAGAGAGCGUUCACGCUCUCGCAUCAACUCUUUGUUCAAACGUAGGAGACCUAGUUUCCUUCGACCUCGUCCUAAUUUGAGCACUGAGAAGGAACAAGACCCCGAAGUGGAUGAUCCCUUGCAAGUGCAAGAAAGCAGGCGACGAAAGCGACAGGCAAGUACUUAUGCUGAGUUUGGAGCUCGAACCCGAGUCCGCCAACCCACCUCCUCCCGCCGUGCCCCCAUCCGUGCCCGCCAAGAACCUGAGUUCUUUGACCACCUGAACAACCCACCGUUCACUGCAUUCUCCGGCUCCUCCAACCAACCCAAUCCCUCCUCACCCAAGUCCUAUGACAACGCUUAUGAUAAUUCUUUUCAUUCCAGUUUCGAAAGGGAAUCCGACUCAACUAGAAGUAGCAACAAUGUUCGUCGUCAAGUUAGCCAAGACGACAGUCCUACCCUUUCCCGCUCCCGUUCUAGAUCCCGUUUUAAUCCUAACCAAGGCCGAACCUUGCUUCGAACCCGUCCUUCAGUCCAAUCUACCACUGAACCCCCCACAUCAGCCCCUAGAACCACCACUCUAAGGCGGUCUAGGUUCCGACCUAGAACAUUAGCUAGCAGCUCACGAAAUCAAAACCGUUUCUCUUCUGACACUACCUCCUCUCGAGGAACCAGCAAUCGUUUCCCUGUCAGUCCGUUCAGACGUCCCACUUCGCCCCCUAAGACUAGUUUAUUUGAUUAUGAUUAUGACUAUGAUUACGAUUCCACCACGGAGCUUCAGUCCUCCAAAAACUCUGUUCCGGACGCCAUCACAGUAACCCAUCAAGUUCCCCUUCAAACUGUUAUCCCUGUGAGAGAGAAUGGAGAAACUGCUUACAGAGACAUCCUCACCACCAGUCCCAGUUUAGAGGUCAUUGCGGCCACUGCUUUGAAAUCGACCAACAUUGAUGGGAGCCCGGUCAUUUAUGCUAAUGCAAUUACAAAUCAACCCGUCCCUGGAACAAAAGUUAUCACUUUCGAGGCCCUUAGAGCUACUGAAACCACUGCAGUUGUGUUUACACCUACUCGAAUUAGAGGGCUUCGUACCUCCUUCUCACACAUUGUGCCCAGCACCAUUUAUAACAUCCAACCAGUAACCACAGAAAUCAUUCAACCUGUAGAUCAGAACCAGCUAUUGAGCAAACUUUUAUUGCAACUUUUGGGAGGCCAGUCCAUAAAAAGUGGUUUGAGCCCUUUGGCUAAUCCAUUGCUUCAGGGCUUACCAGCAGCUUUGGGUGGGGCACCAGCAGCACCUGCCUCCGUUCCGCCCACUCAGUUCAUUACCCAUACCAGUACCUAUGUGACCACGGUCACAAACACCCAGUCAACUGUUUUGGGCAUUACCCUUAGAGGUAGGGAGAUCAAGACUACCCUUGUCGAUAGUAUGACUGAGGUGGUAACUGCCACUGAAUAUAGCACUGAGACCAGAAUUGCCCCCACUUCUGCCGCUGCUUUUGGUGGUGGCUUGAAUACCAAUCCCAUCCAAACAGCCUUUCCUGACCUUCAACAGCAACUUCUAGCCGCCCAGCUUCAACAACAGCUCCAACAACAACAAGCACAGCAGCAACAACAACUGCUCAACCAGCAGCUUUUGUCCGCCGUGAACCUUGACACCAACGCCGCCGCUCAACUAUUAGCUGCCCAGAAGUUGCAACAGCAACAACAACUACAACAACAACAAGCUCAGAUUCUAGCCACGCAAGCCCCUGAAAUUGACACGCCCCCACCGCCCCCAGAGCCUCAAACUAGUGUUGUCACCAAAUUUGUAUCUGGUAAAACCCCUGGGGAUUUCACAAUCCUCACCUCCACCGUAACCAUUGACCCCAAUGAAAGUGAAAGGCGCAAGCGCGACAUUGCAGCAGUUCAACCUUCUCGUGUUGAACGAGUCCGACUGACUCUUGCCCCCAAUGCCGUUCUUGCUCCUGAGCCAUUGAUUGAGGCUUCAGUCAAAAGAUCGACAGCAAAUUCUGGGUCAAAUGUGUUUGAGUUGCAGUCAAGUCUCAACGAGCUAGGACCAACAUUGACUAAGGAUAAGAAAAACCUUGAAAAUACUAGGUACCUAGACAUAGCCUCGUUGCUAGGCUUAUACUCUGAGGAAGAGGAUCCUCGAGGACGAGACAAACGAGAAGAACGACAAUUCCAGACUAGACUUUUUGGGGACGUCAAGGUGGUUGUUAAAGACCCCUAUUUCCCAGAAGAGGCCAUCGAUGAACCACUGACUUUGGCUCCAAAGUUGGUACGAGAUGGAUUUGCUGUUCAACGCCAAUCUGCUACCGAUUUAGACCCCUCGCCCAUAGUAAAGACAGAGUACAGUACUUUCACUUACUUUGUUACCUCUGUGGUCGAAGACUCGACAGUGACAAAAACUGACAUAGUUGUGUCCAGUAACAUCGUUACAGAGGCUGGAAUUCCUGAGGCUACUCCUCUUUUAAAUAUUGAGAUCCAGCCUUCGUCCAGCCCUAUUAGCGACUUUGCCACCAAGACGUAUUUUACUACUUCCACUUACUAUACGACGCUAAUUGACCGAAGUACGACAAUCACGAAAACUCGAACGAAGGUGGAAUCAACCAUUGUGACGGAAACGUUUGGAGACGAGAAUCCUGGACAAAUAAGUCCUACACGAACCGUGCUGGCGCCGUCUUUGAUACCAGGAGUUAAUGAGUUGAAGUACCUGUCAUUGGGUCCUAACAUUUAUGGCCAAAUUAGGACACUAUACAACACCUAUACCUACUUCACCACUGACGCAGUGGGCGAGGUUCGAGAAAGCAAGGAGGUCAUUACGCAAAUAUCGACGUCUUUGUUCAGCACCUCGAGAUUGCCGGAGUACAUAACCUUGGACUCUAGUUUAGGAAAUGCACCUGAAAGUGGGGCGAUUUUCCCCGACAAAAACAAGCUAUCUUCCAUCAAGGAAGCUUUCCAAUCCACAAUAGCCCCUUCAAUGGGCCUUUCAUUGCCCAACACUGAUAAUGACAUUCAAAACGUCAAUGAUUUCGCCUCCAGCGUUAACCUUGAAGCACAAUUUCUCAACUCACUGAAAGAGUCAUUUGCUUCAUCCUUGUCCUCUUUAUCUGUGACCCCAACUCGACCCUUUACGGACCUCAAUCUGCCCACUGAUGGACCUGAGAUUUUGACACUGCCCAAUUCUGGUCAAACGACCCCAGGCUCAGUUAGUCCCUCGCAAACCCUCUCCACACAAUUAAGCUCCUCUGGGAGCAGUGCAGGGGGUGUCCCAGGAAACACCGCCCCGGAUGAACCUCCAACAAAUCAUGGAUCAUCUCAAGAGCAUGGCAGUCAAGAACCUGGAGCGGUACCAGACGACAACAACCACUCAGUCACCCCAGGAGGCAAUGAUAGUGGUAAUGCUUCAGGGAAUCAUGGAAACAAUGAUGUCGGAGCUACUUCGGGGGGUCAGUCCAUCAGCGGUGGAAGCGAGGUAUCCAAUCAGGGAAUUGAUCCUUCUCCAUCCUCACCUUCAACAACAACUCCCGGCAAUGGAGAAUCUGAUGGCACUUCUUCGGGAGGAGUGAUUGAUGCUGUUGUGGGUGGGCUUGGCGAGGUAUUUGGUGGUGCAACUCCAAAUGUGAACUUGGGCCCCGUUUUGGAUGCAGUGGCCACUUUGUUGCGAGGGCCCAUUCGAAGCGCCAUUGCCAAUCGUCGAAGUGAACUCUCAAAGAAGUCAGACAUUGUGCAACCAACAAGGGUAGAAGGUCGCAUCAAACCCACUGCCAAUUUACCAGCUUUUGCUAGAAUUCCUGGAGGAGAGCCCAAUUUCAUUCCAGUGGGCGGGGCAGGCAGGCUAAAGCCUUCAAGGCCGAACUAUGAGUUCAUACCACUUCAACAAAGGGAUGUCAAUGGGCCUGUACCUCUGCCCCUCAGAUCUGGACCUGAUCAAGCUUCUCCGCGAAUUGAUAUUGACUACUCGGACUCGGACGAUCUCUCCUAUUCCGGCUCCACUGACGAACCAAUUGUGACAGUUCCCAAGGAUGUCUAUGAGGCUCUCAAAAGCCAAAAGCCAGAUGAGGCCUUGUUUCUUGAUGACGACCGACUAAUCAUUAAUGAUCAUAUCAUUAAGUCGACUGAUCCACACAUCAUUGAUGUUUUGAACAGGUAUGAGCAAGGUCAUCUUUUUGGAAAGUAUGAGGGACAUCCAAUGUCUAUCAAGAUUGUGCCUGGAUUACCCAUGACUUAUCCCAGCCAAGUGGGUGUUCAGGGUGAUGCAGUCAAGAGGGGUGACUAUGUAUACAUCGGUGAUGAUUACGUAACUGCCUCAUCAGUUGGAUCAAAUUUGGACAUCAAUGGUCCAUAUCUCGGUCCACCACCCAGAAAUCAAAGACCCCAGUCUUCUCGUCCACGACCUCCUAGACAACCUUCCUUUGGUCCACCUAGAAAUAAUCCGAGUAAAUAUCCACCCAGAGGACCACCACCAAAUAGGCCUCCUCCACCAAGGCCAUUGAGUAGGCCUCCCCCGCCCCAGAGACCAGGAUCAAAGAAAUACCCCCCACGACCCAAUACCAUUCAAGGUGAACUUGACGACUCGCUCCAUGAACAUUCAACCAACAACGAAGUAGUGGUGAAAGCUCCUUUUGAUAUAAUAGCCCAAAACAAUCAGUACCCCAACCAAGGUAACAGACCUCCAUUAGACACUCAAGGUCCUCGAGGAGUAAAUCAGGGUCCCUAUACUCGUCCAGGGAGCGUUCAGGGUCCUCCGUUUAGACCUGGAUCUAACCAAGGGCCCUUUAGCCGUCCCAAUUCUAACCAAGUCCCUCCAAAUCGUCCAGGAUUUAAACAAGAUUCUCCAUCGCGGCCUGGAAUCUAUAGAGGCCAAGGCAUUCGGCCAGGAUCUAAUCAGGGUCCCUCCAAUCGCCCACCCACAAAUCAAGGUUCUCUCUUUCGACAACCAAUUCCAAACAAUGGAGGUCCAAUCAGGCCAGGAUCCAUUCAGGGCUCUCGACCCCCGCCACGACUAAGAAAUCCUAAUUUCCCUCCCAAUCGCCCUCCUCCUGGCUACGUCGGAUCACAUCGACCAAAUGGGGUUAAUCCAAAUUUAGCUGAACUGCCUCCUCCCCCCUCAAACAACGGCAACUCUUUUCCCCCACGCCAAGUAGGCCCAAAUCAAGGCAAUAAUGGCCAAAAUCCAUUUUUAGGAGGAAAAUCGACGCCGAGCCUGAACUUCAAAUCUCAGCCUGGAUCCCCAACUUUGAAUCCCCCUAGAGACUCUGAAGGUAGACCAUUGGCUCCUCCCAAACGUCAGAUUCCUUCUCCUCGACCAUCUUCCCAAUUUGACGAAUCCUCCAGACCCAAACCUCCAAUUGGGUUCGUCUCCAGUGGAUCUCCGACUCCCCUAAAUUUGCAAGGGAACAAUAUCAGACCUGUUACGCCAAAGCAACCUUAUCAAGGAGGUGAGCCUGCCGGGUUCAAGCCUCCUCCAUUCACGUCAAAUGAAAUAAUCCCUCAGACCUCUGAUGCUUAUGCUGAUAGAAAUAAAGAAGAGAAGGGCAACAAAACCAAAUCACCAUUUGAGAGGCCAGACGGUUCUUUUGUUGUCAUAAGUCAACAAAACAGAUAUGUAGGAUCCGUUUUUGGGGAUGAAGAGUUUGGUGUUAGUAGUGAUUCUCCGGUUUUGGGACCCUCUGAAUCCACAACCUCCCGGAUUGACGUUACCACCCAGAACCUUAGUCAACCCCAGACUCCCGUUCCUGUCUCUGCGGGGCCAAAUUUCCCACCCUCACCAUCAACGGCUCCACAGGGCAGACCAGAGUCACCAAGUAGAGGUCCUCCGCGAAGACCGCCCUUGCCAAUCAAAAGACCAUCUGGUCUCCUACUCCCAAGACCACCACUAUCAUCAACACCAUCUUUUAAAAGCCAAUACGAUCGGAAAGACACAACCCCGACGGAGUUUAUUCGACCAGACUUUAGAGUGACCACGCCCAGAACCAAGCCAAAUAAUUUCCUGCGUCCCAGACCCGUCAUAGCUCGACCCAACUCUGCUGAAAACCCAAGUUCCAUUGAGGUUCCGACGAGCCCAAUAAGAACUCCUCAAGCUCCCAUUGGUCCUCGUCCCAGUUCUUUUGAAAACCCUCCCAGCCCAAUAGGAACUCGCCCUAAUCCCAUUAAAACUCAACCAAAGCCUGCUGACGGACGUCCAAACAUAGUGGGAAGCCGUCCCAUUGCGAAUGGAGGGCGUCCUAACCCCCCACCAGCGGCCAUAAACCCGCCUUCUGAAUUCACCCCUAUCGAUAAUCCUUCAGAUGGACCUCCAGGUUCUCAAGCUUUACACAUCGAACUUGAACCUUCAACAGUAAAUCGCCCUUCCACCAAAUACGACAGCGGCCAAGUCAGGAAUCCUCUUAAGGCUAGGCAACCUCAAGAUAGCAGCAGGGCUCCUGAUAAUGUGGAAAAUACCAAUGACAAGGAUAGGGAGAAUGAGGCUAUUGUUAAAAAAGACGAUAUUAAGAGUUCUGUCACUGAAAUCGAGCCCAGCUUCCUUGCUACUCCUCAGGGCCCAACAUCAUCGGAUUCUUCAGUACCAGUUACAAAGGGAAUCUUUGUGAAGCCCCAGAGGGGAAGUAGUAACAUUGAUUACCAAGGAUGGUACACUGAAGGCGAUUCAUUGCCCCCAGCUCCCACUGCCUCAACAUCCUCUCCCUACAUUGAAUACAUAAUUAGUGAAAAAGAGGCUCCCAAAACCACAACGUAUGCUAAUGAAUGGGCGGCUGUGAAUAAGGUUACCGACACCAUCAACUCAAAUGAUCCAUUUAGUCAGGCAAAGCGACCAGCCAUAAACACUAAUUUUGACCGUGAAUGGACGGUAAGGGACUCAAUUAUCAAUCCCACCAGGCCUGACGGUAACAACCUUAAACCAAGUCAAACUUCCACAUCCUCGUACUCGAAUUCAUGGGGAUCAUUUGUGGUUAAGACGGACCUGGUUCCAGAAACUCCUCCGCUAUUUAUUGAAUCAGAAGAUCCCGUAACAGAAGCAGAACUUGCUCCUGAUUCUGAGAAAUUAAAUCCAAAUCAAAGACCAAGUUAUCAAACUCCACCUCCAAGGCUCGUGGAAGACCCUAAGACCGACCUUCCAGAGGCCAUUGCGAACGAGUUUAAUACAGAGGAUCCAACAGAGAAUCCAUUCAGUUCAGAGAACACCAAUCUUCUUCCCCCAAUUUCGUUUGAUCCAGAAUUUGAGGGUGAAGAAUACACAGACAUUCUUGUUGAUUAUGAGUACAAGGAUGAACAAGGGAAUAACCAAGAUGGCACUCCCAAUGCAAAUGAUCCCGAAAUUGAUCCCACCUUAAACGACGAGUCCCGUAAUGACACCUAUGAAAAUGGAGAUUCAAGUCACGAGGAUGACGACACAAAUGACUUAAACGUGAACGAUGGGACAGGGUCGUUUCCUCUUAACGGAGAACGGUAUCCAGAUCAACCUGAUGAAGGAAAACCCUCUGAACUUGAUGAAAGGAACCCGGUUCAACUUGAUGAAAGGAACCCGGUUCAACUUGAUGAAAGGAACCCGGUUCAACUUGAUGAAAGGAACCCGGUUCAACUUGAUGAAAGGAACCCGGUUCAACUUGAUGAAAGGAACCCGGUUCAACUUGAUGAAAGGAACCCGGUUCAACUUGGUGAAAGGAACCCAAUACCAUUUGGUGAGGGGACCCCAGUUCAACGUGGUGAAAGGAACCCGGUUCUCCUUGGUGAAAGGGAUCCAACUCAACUUGGCGAGAGGGAUCAAACGCAACUUGGCGAAAGGAACCCAGUUCAACUUGGCGAAAGGAAUCCAACGCAACUUGGCGAGAGGAACCCCACCCAAAUAGGCGAAAGAAACCCAACGCAACUUGGGGAAAGGAACCCAAUUCAGCUUGGCGAAAGGAACCCAACGCAAAUAGGCGAAAGGAACCCACCUCCGUUUGGUGAAAGGAGCCCAAUUCAGCUUGGUGACAGGAACCCAGCUCCGUUUGAUGAAAGGAAUCCAGUUCGACCCUCGGUAGAUCCAUUCAAAAAUCCUGGCCUUCAAUCACCUCCUCCCACGCCAUUCGGACCCCAACCCCGACCACCAUUCAUUCGAAAUCCUCGACCGCCGUUCCCUCAAAACAACCAAAUUCCCUAUGAUCAUCGGGGACCAUUGCCACAAUCUCCAUUUCCCCCACAUCUGCCGCCUCAGAUUCCAUUCAAACCACAACGGCCUCGACCAAGGCCAAAUGACCCAUUCCUCGGCCAAGGGCAGGGGUCAUUCAACACUUUGGGUGACGGCAACAAUCUGAUAGCAAAAAUUCCAUUGACUCCUUUUAACUCUGAUGAGCCAGAGUCUGGCCAAGGUUUUGUCCCUGGCUUUGUAGAUGAUCCAACAGGGAACCAAGCUAACUCUUACGGAGAUUUUAAUGGCGCUUUUGACGGACAAGACUCGGAAGGGCCCAUAAAAGGUUCAGUGGAAAACGUAGAUAUUAGCCAACCAGAUGGACCACCGACAAGGCCUAUUGGCAAAAAUGAAGAGCCAGAUUACGACUAUAUUGAAUCGGAUCAAGAAAUCUCCUCAUCAAUUGACUCAGUUGAGGGGUCAACUGACCCUCUACCUCCUGGCGUUGAACCAGACACUGGCACCUUUAUUAAUAUCGGACCCUCAGGUCGGGUAUCUUCCACUCCAGCUCAAAGCAUUGUCAAGCCUUCUCUGAUCCGUCCUACCCUUUCGAGGCCAAUCAUUCGACCAACUAGUAUCGAUACUCCAAAUGUUAUUGACAAGAACAUCUUCGUCGCUCGACCCAGCAAUCGACCCUCCAUUUUCCCACCUCGUGUGACUCCGGGUAUUGCUACGAUAACAAGAACCACCAAGCCAAAGGUUACAGAGUCCUCACAAAAUGAAUCAGACUUGAAAAAGCCCCUGAUCAAGGACCCGAGUGCUCCACUUGAAAAAGAAUUGGAGACCAAGAAAAAGGAGGAAGAGGAAGAAGAGACCUUUAAAUUGGCCGGAUCUCCCUAUCUUCCCAGUAUUGGCCAAAAGCCAGGGAACUCUUUCAAACCGGACAAAAUCAUUGACAAUGAUGAUGGUAUCAAGCGAAAAGAAAUCUUAGGGAACAACAUUGAUGGAGCAAUUGUGGAGAGCAUUCCCGGGAAGGCGCUUUCCGCCGAGGAUUCUGAUCCGGAAACCACAUGUCAAAACACUUGCGGGAAAAAUGAGAUUUGUCAGAUCUACUCCCACGAGAUUCGUUGCAAAUGUCGUCCAGGAUUUGGCAGGAGUUCUCCAGGAAAAUCAUGUGAAAAAUCCCGAUCCUACCAACUCGAGGUCCUGACCAAAUCUGAAAGUGAGGAGAUUUUGGUUAUUCGAAUGAGCCCUCAGGCCGUUCAACAAGCCGUGGAAGACACGGUGAAGCGUGAAAUCAAGGAUUCCUAUCAUGGUUCGGAGAUCAUGUCAAUCAAGAUCGGCAAUCAAACCAAACGAGAGGUCCUGUUCUUCGGCGGUGAAAAGAACCUCACGAAAGACGAAUCAAUGGCCAUUCAAAUAGUGGUCCACAUUGCGGACGACGGCCGAAUCAUCACCGACAAACGUUUGCAGUCCAUCCUUGAGGAUCCCAUCAAGGACACCAAACUUCCAUUGGGAGCCGAUGUGACCGUGUCCAGAGUCUCCGUCCAGGAUUUUGACGAAUGUUCAUCUGACGAUCACAAUGAUUGUUCAGAUCAAGCCCAGUGUCUCAAUCAAAAAGGGAGUUACACUUGCGCAUGCAAAGACGGUUAUCAUGACCUCAGUGGAUCUGAUACUCUUCCCGGUCGGGUUUGUUCAGCCACAACCACCGAAUGCGACCUCUGCAAUCGAAACGGCGAGUGUAUCAUUCGCGGGCAAGAUGUCACUUGCGAAUGUCGGGAUUGGUUCGCGGGACGGAAUUGUCAGAUCAACCUGAAAUUGCUCCUCAUUGUGGGUUGCGUUUCCGUGGCCUUGAUGAUCUUCAUCGCUUGCGGUGUAUCUUGUUUCUGUUGUAGAGACAGACAAAAGAAUAUGAUUCCAACUCCCUAUGGCACCAGUACCGUCUCCAGAAUACCGCCCAGUGUGAGAAGCCAUGGCUUAAUGAUGGAUCCACAUGGGACACUCAAAUCCAGUCGAGGAGGCAUGGUUCAAAAGCACAAGCCCAAGAAGAGCUCAAUGACAUCGAGUAACAACUUCAUUCCUCGCCCUGGAAUGAAGAAACAAGGCUCAAAUGCCGGAAGUCACUCCUCGGCGGGCGGAAUGAAGCCUGCUGGAUCCUGGCAGAGUGGCCUGGCACCCGGGGAUAUGCGCAUGCACCCUAAUCCAGCUCUGGUCAUUCCUCGCGCCAGGGUCUCCAAGUCACCCGGACGCUUCAGUUUCCACUCAGAUGACGAGGACCUCAUGGUCCCUAUGGAGACCAAUCGCGCCAUGUCCGAGAGAACGUCCCUUUCGAGUCGCCACCGCAGAAAGAGCGUUCCUUCGUUCGCGUCCGGAUUUAGUCAUGGUGGCCCCGGAUCCGUCGGAGGGGCAUCCCGACGCUCCAGCAACCGAGCCGGGUCGGUUGAUCCCUUGCUAGCGGGCGAUGGGUCUUAUUCGGAUGAUUCACACGGUGGAGGGCGCAAUAUCCACCGCUCUGUUUCCAGGGGCGACCUGGACCGGGCAGAUGCCCAAUCCGUGGCCAGAUCCUACAAUGAGACGAUCAUUCGUCCAGUCACUCGUCCACUGCACACUCCAGCUGCCACAUCAUACCGAAGCAAUCGAUCACAUGCCACCAGCGAGGAUGGGCGGACCAUGGCCGAACGUGACGGCGGAUCCUCGUUUGUUGUCUCGCCAACGCACCAGUUGUACCGACUUCACGACAGUGAUGGCUCUCUCGACUCCCUUUAGAAGAUCAAAUUCUGUUUACGUUCUUCCUCGUUCCCCGGAAAUUCAGGAAUCUCUAUCUGCCUACAACAACGCUGGUGCUAAAUUUCCUCUCAUGUUUCGAACUUGUAAUUCGGCUUCAUCUUCUUCCUGACAAGUCCCUCUCCUAGGAAUCAUACGAAUAUAGGAAAAAUUGACUAGAACAUUUCCAAUCGAAUUCAGAAUCCAAUCAAUCUAGGCCAAAACAACAAAUUUCGUUAAGUUUUAUGAUCUGUUUCUAGAUUUUAUUACCAAUUGUUAUCUCCGUUGCCUUUUUUAUUAACUAUAAUCAAACCUUGUAAAUACGACAAAAAUAGAAAUGUGUUUUACCAAUGUCUAUUACCAGGACCUUUCCAAAGUAUGAAAUAAACUUACUUCUU